UUGGAGUCUCGUUGCGGGAGUAACGGUGUUUGCAGUGCGCACCUAUGCACGGCGUCUACCGGCGGUGGCCCCCACGUGCACAGCGGGGCUGCGCACGGCGCCUGCCUGCAUGGAUGCAUGUGUCACGCUCAUCCUGCUCGUCUGGGCAUACGCGACAUUCUCAGAGGAACUCGCUGCAGAACCAGAGCCUGAACCACGACCCGCUGAGUCAAAGGGUGGAGAAACUUCACUGACAGUAAAGUGUAUCGCUGGACCACACAAGGUGCGCGAUUCGGAGGCUAUACGCUCGUCAAGAAGCGGCUACUCAGAGGGACACCGUGUCGGAAGCAUUUUCACAAACUGUUGCGUUGCCAGUGGAAUUACAAGUGGUGUGUCUUCACACGACAGUGCGUGCCAAGCAGUGUCCAGAAAGUGUAGUGACGAUGCAAAGACAAUCCAGACAGGCAGCAAUGGGCAUGGAAGGAAAGGUGACUCCAGAUCAUGGAAACUGGUGUCAGGGCAGUGCCGAGUGGUGGAGUGCCAAGGAGAAUACUUGGACCUGGCAUGCCGUUGGGCGUCGGCAGCGGGCGACGGGACGCCGGUAGCUACGUCCCGGAUGAACGACAGUGGUGGCAGCACAGGAGAAGCCAGACACUCCACAGACGGGCCCACGCAAGAAGCAGUUCCGUGCAGGGCUGACUUCGGGCAAAGUAAUCCGGAGGAGCGUGACGUCACACUACGCGUACUGCCUGUGCUGCGUUGGCCCGAAGACCUGCUGGGCAAUCGAAGUAACAGCAGCGAUCAGGCUUCUGGCGAGAAAGGCGGGGAAGAGGAAACACCACCUAAGCGCUUCAAGAUCACUGGCUUCAUCAUAGGGAUGAUGCCGCCACUGUGCAUUUCGUUCUAUAUCAUCCUCAAGCUGGGCUACCGCUCUCGGUACGCCGAGGAGCGCGCCGAGGAGACCGGCAUGGUCGAGGAACCUUUCUUCAUCAGUAACUGACUAUAUCUACAGCAAGCGCGAAUGCCCGCGACUCCCAAACCGCCAGUGUUCCGGAUCUUCAUCACAUCCUGUCUCGUGCCCGAAAGCCACACAAGGGUCUCCUUCCUCAAAAUUAUCACCAUUCUUCCGAUGGCCAACUACACGUACCUGCGUAGCACACAGGGAGCCUGAGAUAGCUGUCUCCUACGAAUUCGGUUAUAUUAUUAGUGCGCUAGUUAUUCAGUCUUGAAUUAUCUCUUCGCGUUAUGGUGAAGGCAAACCAGAGAUGCAUAGAAAUUUCCACCCAUUGACGUACCGGUGACGUGACGGGAGGUGCACCUUCUAUUACUUUCACAAGCGUAAUUUUUUUAUUUACCUUUUUUGUGAUUCGCAUUGCACACAGUCGCGUUUGCGGUUUCGACUUAAUCUUCUAGCUGCAAGCGCAUUAGGCUGCGCCAGUGUACGGAGUCUCCGUUAUUUGUUUCUUGACAAAUAGUGCGCCGCACGUAGGCGAGUUGCGCAGACCCAUUCCGUCCUUGAAAGGUUUCAGUUGUAUAGGUCCUGGAAGCUUGUCUUACACAGGAACAAUUACGUGGCGGGUAGUAUCAAACAAGUGCCCUCCUUCUUUUUUUUUCUUUUUUGUCUUUCUGAAACACAAGAACUCAAUCGAAAAGCGUAACGUGGAGGAAUUGUAGAGACACGUGUUGCUCCAUGUACGAAUUUCACAGGGUAUCUACAUGGGAGUUAUGCAAGUAUAGGUUACCUGUGUACUGCAAGACAGUAGCUCUCACUUCCUCCAAGUACAAAUACUAAUGGCUCGGAUCCACGACAAGAGGUUACAUCUGAGUGUACCACAUUGCGUAUGGUCGCGUGGCGUGUGGUCUUCCGGUGAACCUGCCUCCAAAUUCUAGCAUGACAAUGCAGUUUCUUGUACAUACAACAGCGCACAGGAAGCGAAUUGUUCCUGUGAACACGUACAGAAGAUAUCAAACCCAUAGACCUUAGGAGCAUUGCAUAUUCCGAACGUCUGUCUUUGCGUGACUUACUCGCCUUAGAUACUUAGAUACCCGCCUUGGAUACGCCAGCACGGUUAUAUUCCCCUAGAUGGACCAAGACGUGCAACUAUUUUUCAAGUUUCAAAGCCCAAUUUCCUCUGUAGUGAGAACAUAAAAGCCAAUCGUAAGCACAUGUCUGGAUUUUAACGACAUUGCUCAUAUGGCUAUACGCCGCCCUCCGGACAGAUCAUUGCGAAGGACGAAUGAUACCGAAGUGGUAUCCGAUUUCUGGGAUUAACCUGUAUAUAACUCUGUAACUCGCAAUAACCUCAUCACCAAUGAUAGCUGCAUGGCGAACCAAUUGCCACUUAGGUGCGAGCCAACCAACCACUAUCACUAAUAAACAGCACGUCCCUCCUUGAAGCCCGCUGAGAUAGAAGGACGACAAAGUGAGAUGGAGUCCUGUCGAUAUAAUCGCAGCAUUUUUUUCCCCCUUGUUGGCCAAGCUUUCAUUCCAGGCCGUGCUUACUAUGCGCGGCAUGUCCUCCGCGCUCUGGGCGACGUAGUGGCAUCCAUAACAGUUCCGUCGAUUGCGGGUACUCACCUGCUGUUUCUGCAGUAUAGAGUACAGCAGUAGUACACAGUGCUAUUCAUUUAUUUACUUCGCCUUCCUCAUUCAUGAAUAUUCUUAGCUUAUAUUCUUUGCUUUAUGCCUAAUAUGUUGUCAAACCUGCCGCAGUCUACAACAUACGCUUUCCUGCAAGAAACCCUAAAGAAAACGCGACGCGAAAGUUAUACGCAAGGUGCACAAUGGAAACGGGAUCAGUAAUGAUCCAGUAUCAAUAGCCCUAGUCGCUCAUGCGCCAGAAAAAACCUCAAUCACUCACUCAUCACUCACUCAAUGAUACAGUAUCAUGAAAGAGCACAAAAGGAAGACUACCGUAUUUUCCGGUGCAUAACGCGCGCGGUAUGCAUUGUAAAAAGUAUUCCGAAGAGGAACCAAAUCACCGAAGGAAUCAAAUUUUGGCGGCAUCAAAUACACUUCGCGUCCGUGUUGUAUGCCAUCAAAAGUGUCGAUGCACUCGAUGCACUUAUUAAAUGACUGUGGAUCCUUACGAUAAUGUAAAGUUUUCAGUUUUCGUGCACUAACAGCGCUGGUAUUUUCACCUCACGCCCUGCGCGUUAUGCAUCGGACAUUUUUCAAAGUCCGCUGAUAAUCGCGGGGUGCACGUUAUACACAGGACAGUACGGUAAAUUGAAAAAUUACUGAAUUACUGACUGCAAGCAGUCAAAAUCGGAAACCGAUAAUGUCCAGGCCGUUUCCACGUUUGGUAAUUAGUUUCCGCUUUCUUUCUACGUGUCCUGUUUAUGUUUGUAAUGCGACGAUUUUGCUUAUUCCUAAAAUGCCAUUACACAUGGCCGCGUUCGACUCAAGAGGGAAGCUCUACUUUAUAACUUCUUGAUGUCAAUAUGUUUUCGCUUUGUUGUUUUCAGCGGUGCGACAAAUAUUACCGCUCUCGAAGUGUUCGUUUCCAUAGAAACCGCAUUGGCGGCCGAACACGCGUGCAAACAACUGGCAUGUUGACAGAGAAACCCCGAUAGCAGAUAGGGGAAGUUCGUACGUUGGUACGGGUUAGCUAUUACCCAUGUUGCACCAUGCAGUUGGCGUAUUUAAUCAUGGCUACGUUGAAUCUAACGAAAAGCGAUAUAUUUGCUAAAUGAGACAAAAACAGGCAUCCUCACAACCCUAACCAAGUAGAAGAAUUCGGGCCAGAAGCAUAGAAUUAUGAUGGGAGCCGAAACUUUUGCUAGUUUAUCCUUUAUUUCCUUGUUCUUGGAUACCGUAGCACUUCGAUCCUUAUUGUGAAGGGGCUCAUUAUGUCAUUCCCCGCAUAACCACCAGCAAUGGGGUAGAGUAUCGGCCCUGGCGAUUAAACUCCAUUCAGUAUCUCACCAUAAAGUUGUCGUUUGUACCUAAUUAUUUUCUGCAUCCUCUUUUUUCUUUUUCCUUUUUUCGGAAUAGCAAGUUGAUAUACCGCUUAGCUGACCUUGCAUCCUUUUUUUCUCGCUCUUUCUGUUCUAAUAAAUAUACCCCCCCCCCCCCCCCGCACCCGAAACUCGGGCGGGGAGAUAUGUUUAUUAAAGAUAAAGGAAAGGGGAUGGUACGUGAACGCAAUUGUGAUUACGACGAAGAUAUUUGAGCUAAAGGAAAGGCAGUGUACACUACUAUAACUUCCGCAACAAGUGCCGACCGUAAGGCGUAUGAAUCCAUCCGGGUUAUACGCGCUCGUUAUGUGGGCAAUUUAUUUUUCCACAUUCUUCAAACAGAACUUCACCGCAUAACACCAGGCCAUAACAUGAAGGCCAGCCAGGAGACGGAGUGACGCUGUCAUCACUACUGAUUUGUGGAAAGCGCGGGUCGUACACCUUUUUGUGACAAUUAACACAACUGUGUCAACAAAUCAGGCUGAAGAACGAUGUCAUUCGGGAUGAUGAUGGGCUAGUGGCGAGGGCAUUCGGUGAAGUUCUGUUUGAAGAGUGCAGGAAGUCGUUGCUGUUCCCUGUUUCGAGUUUUUAUAUCUGGACGUUCGAUGUUACGCGCCCACUAUUAGACGCGUGCUCGUUCAUCACGAAAGCUUGGCAAGCUCUGUUUGUGUCGAUACACUGUACUACUGAAAGACAUCAAUAACGCUGUGCCAUCCGCACAUGCUUGCGGACUGCAUUAUGCAUUUCGAUAUCUCAGAGUGACACGCACCUCCGAUGAAACUUAUUCACGGAGAUAUUAUCAGCCAAACCAACACGUAUCUUUUAUCUAGAUCUAUGCACGUAGUCUUAUACAUAUAGAUCAUAGCUAGGUAAGGUCUCUUAUACAACUUAUAACCUGAACGCACUGUCGUAUGAUAUCUGGGUCACUAGACCUGAAUCCACAAUGCGUUCUCAGCCGACCAUCUUGCGAAAUUUCGCUUUCUCUUGUACUUCGUAGAGAAAGUGGUUUAAAUCUUCAUAAAACGAACACAAUGCGCCCCGCCGUUUCUACAAAACGAAACCGACAUUUGGCACAGGUGCUGGGAGGGAUGUGUUGAGGUGGAGUCAUGUUGAUCUUCAUAAAGUUAACCCACAUCAUCAGCAUUGCAGCAUUUAGGCUGGAUAUAGCGCCUGCACCGACUUGGUCUGUUACAACCACGAGCAAGUACGGAAUAAAGCUACACGAGGCAAGCACAUUCUCCUACGAUGCAUACAAUUCUACAUACAAAUAGCUGUAGUUGUCAAGCUUUAAAAUAACUAUUUGUACUAUCUUGAUCACCAUCCUGAAGGGACCAGGCAAUGAAGCGGUAAAUGGUGCUAGUGUCUGUAAAUAUCCCCGGAAGGGCAUGUUCGUGUUAACACAAGGAUAUUUUCGUCUGAGAUAUAGACGACUUCUUAAAAUGAUCCUAACUAGUAUGUCAUUUCGGUUCACCCACCGUGCGCAUAUUUUCCAUGCAAAAAUGCGUUGGCUGAUCCAAUGGUCGCAACCAGUCUCGCUAGUCAUCAGUCACCAGUCAUCUAGAAGCGCUAUGUAUGAGUUCAGCACUCGCUUCCGAUUCUAGGCGAGAGUUCGAACCACAAAUGCUUAUCCAGUUCACAUUCUAAGUCCCGUAGCAACACAACCAGCAAGAUGAUGAAAGUUUUAAACGUUGUGUUUGUCCUAAUUGUUGUUUCAGCCCUCGCAAUUUGCAUUGCCGUGCCCCUCGGGAGCCCCAUCCAUCACGCAAGAAAGCAAGGCUUGAAAUGGAAGUGAGGUAACAGUACCGCUAAAGGAACAGAGGCACUCUUCUUCAUGGUCAUUCCACACAUUGAACGGAAGUAUUAACGUAUGCGCUACUCACAUGCCCAUUGUGCAAUUUUGUAUCCUUUACAUUUCCCGGAGGAAAUGUUUCGGCAUACCUCGUGGAAGGUGGCAAAUGCACUAUCAACAGAAACAACAGGGUUCUUUCAGUUGUCUGCAAUGACAUUACGCCGCGGCUUCAAGACGUACGGCUCAGAAUAGGGCAAAUUAGUCCGUUUGUACUCUUCAACAAAAGUGAAGCAGUUCUUAUAAUCCUUUCGGCUCGUUGAUCUUUUGUCACCCCCUAGGUUUCACCAACGGUAACGGCCCUUUGAUGCAAUGACAAUCGUGCGAACGCUGAGGCGACGAUAUUGGAGCUUGAUCCACUCGAACAGACUCUAACAAGUCCCACGCGCUGCUUGCAUCUUGUGGGAUACGGGCGGGAUGUGGGAUUUUCUGAAUGCACUUCUGAAGACUGCCUUCUGCGAACUCAAAUCGCCCAUUGCGCUAUGCCGUCACGCACUAGCGCUCAAUGUUAUAUACCUAUGCGGCAUCGCAGAAGUAAGUCUUGCCAAAUUUGAUCAAAGGCCGUGUGAGAGUGUUUCUCAUUGCAAUAAAUGUUUCAAACGUUCUUUCAUCGCACGGUUGGUCACGUUCGAAAAAAAACUCUUGCUCUUUCGGAACUUUGCACAGUAGCACAUUUGUAAAGAGACUCCACAUGAAUAAGACUUGUAACUCUAGGCUCAUGAACUCCGCUGAAUUUUUGCGAUUUUUUUUGUUUUUUUGUCUCGCCUUCUGUGUUCACUGAGCAAAUAACAGAGACUUUAUUUCAUAUUCAGGAUGUAACAUAUUGUAAGACGUUUCUAUAAGACAACCCAGUUUUGUAGCAAGCCCUACGGCAGCAGCUACAACGUUCUAUACUAUAUCAUAAAAGCUAUCUGCAGGUUUGAGAUGUACUCUGCCCACCCCUUGUAAAUGCGGACACAUCUUUGAAAUAAACACAUUUUCUACCCA